AUAGCAACUUAAAAUGUUGCCAAGGAAACACAUAAAAAAUGAAAAUCUUUCACUUUGAAAAACAAGGAAAAUGAAUGAUGAAAAUAUUUCUGUAAAUUCGUUUCAGUCUCAAUGUAUUUUUUAUUAUUUUCUGUUUUUUGCCGGUUAGGAUUGUAUGAGUAAUGUGUGAAUAAUGUAACUAAUGCGUGUUUUCGGGAUCUAUUGCUUUUGUAGGCAUAAUGAUUUAGUAUUUUUUUGUAAGAAAAUCGAGAAAAUUGAUUUUCUCUGAAUGAAAAAUAUGGUUGUGCUGUUUUUGCAUAAUGUGGACUUGGAAAUAAACUAAACAAAAUGGCACGGGACGGUGAUUUGCCUACUAUUUUCAAUCCCAAGCGAGUGCGCGCUCCUUCUGUGAUAAUAACAAGUGAAGAAGUGGAAAAUGAAAGAGGUGGUGGUGAUGGGGACAGGGAUCGUCCGAAUGGUCCGCCGACGCCUUUGAGUCCUCGGGCUCCGCUUACUCCUCAAGCGUCGGUGUGCUCGGCGCCGCCGCUGACUACCCAGCCGUCACUGCAGCAGGCGUACAGUGAGUCGGCCACCAGCAGUCAGGAUGAGGAGCGUCAGUUGCGUGAUAAGAAAUGCCCCCGAUCUUGUUGCUCAAAAUUCGCCAAGAAGAUAUACUAUGGUAUUUGUGUAAUGUUAACAUUGACUGCCAGCUGGGUGACAUCCACCCACUGCAUUAAGCACAUGUACCUUGAAGAGUAUCCCCCAACCACCCACGGUAUGGUUUACAGCACUGAGUCCUCACCUAUGGUCAACAACUUUACUAGACAUCACUCACGAAAUCUCUACAAUGCACCAUUUUUCACAGCAUGGUUCUGCACCAACUGGUUGAUAUUAUUUUACCCUCUCUACCUGAUAGUAAUGCUCAUACAUAACAAGUGUAAGUCUGCCAAUGAUAUUGUGUUUGAUGCCUUCAGUGAUUUCAAGGAGAAAGGAUUUACUUUUGCACGAUUCAUAAGCCGAUGUGGUCUGUUCUGUCUUCUGUGGACAGUCACAAUCUACAUGUACACCUACGCACUGAAGAUCUUACUCUCCACUGAUGUGAUGGCACUGUUUGCCACCAAUGUGUCAUGCAUCUACCUUCUGUCAUGGGUCAUACUACAUGAACAGUUUGUUGGAGUCAGGAUCGUAGCAGCUAUACUAUGCGACACGGGUAUAGCUCUACUGGCGUACAUGGACGGCAUCACAGGCAGCUCGACCCUUGGCGGCGUGGUGUUAGCGGCGUGCGCUGCUGCAGGGUUCGCCAUAUUUAGGGUGUUGUUCAGAAAAGUGAUGGGUGACGUGAACUCUGGUCAGCGCGCUCUGUUCUUCUCAAUCCUGGGCAUCGUGAACGCCUCUCUCCUGUGGCCUCUCUGCCUGGCGCUGUACCUCACCGGCUCUGAGAUGUUGCCCUCCCAUCGCAUGCCUUGGAUCUAUCUGCUUGUCGCUAGUAUUGCGCUGCUCAUUUUCCACCUGGUGUUUCAGUUUGGCAAUAUAAUUACAUACAAUAUCUUUGUCUCGCUCGCUCUUAUUACCGCAGUUCCGGUUUCGGCAGCGUUGGAUGUGGUCCUGUAUGGAGUACAGUUUGAGGGCAUGAAUCUCGCUGGUCUGAUACUUAUUGGCGUCGGCUUCUUCUUGGUCAUGUUUCCAGACAAUUGGCCUGAUUAUAUCAUGAGGCUUUUGAGAUGGAGCCGCAGUCGCAAACGGGGCAACAACGGCACGGGCCGCAACCGCGACGCCAUGGACUACCGCACGGGCUACAUACGGUCGCACCUGCGCUCCCCGUCCGGCCGCGUCAGGUGACCGCCCGAGCCGAGCCCCGUCACCUAGCAGCCGCUACUCGUAGUAUCCUGCGCGGCCGGGUACUACGAGCACGCCGUCAGGAAGUCUGUCUAAUGCACCGACAGGGGGCGCCGUUUGCACUCUUAUUGCCAGGAGGUCCGUAUGUCCGUCACGUCUCUCCUCAGCACGAUUCAUACCAGUAGUUCUCGGGUAGUGAAGAAAGACGCUGUUCCGAAGUGUUUACUGAAGUGCGGUUGACUGUUGUUCCAUCUAGGAUAAUAUAUGCAGUAGGGACUGUGUCGUGACUUAUGAUGGAUAGAUAUUGUACUCUCAGUCAAAAGCUCUCAAAAUGUGUUAUUGAUGUCUGUUGAAGGCGGCUAAAAGUGAAAUUAUACCGGGUGUAGCAACUAUUUCUAUUUUCAUGAAAACUUGUCUUAAAUUUCUUGAUGCUAUUUCACUUGAUCUUAGCACAAAAGCUACUACGAUUAAUUAAGCCGACAUCUAAAAGGCGCUCUUAACUGAGAGUGACGUACUAAUACGGGCCUAGGUCAGUUACGAAGAAGUUAAGCAAAUCGAUGGGACAAUCACGAGGAAAAUUUGAACUUUAUUAGAAAUCAUUGAUGAAAUGUAAAGUGUAAUCGAAAAUUAUUUAUUUCUCUACAUUCUCUGUAGGAAUAACAAUAAUGUGGUGGUAUUAUGUAGUAGAUAUAUAAAUGUUAUAUUGUGUACCUGCUAUAUAUUUUUCAAGAUUACGGAUUCUUCUCGCGAUGUCAAAGCGUCAUAUAUCUCGUUCUGCCAACUGACUUCUUUCCGCUGGCAAAUAGAGCUCAGAUUACGCCCCAAGAUACAAUCGAUCGAUAUUAUCUAAAAUAUUUUCGCUUAGACUAGUGGUUGCGUAGCUUCGUGUACGUCUCGACACGUUAGAAAAUCAAUUCACGUUCGAAGUUUGCGCGAAUAUAAAAUUCAUGAGUUUUGUUAUUUUUAUGAUGAUGUCUGAUGUCGCGCCCGUCUGGUAUUCAAUCCCAGUAUUGAUUCAGCGGUCGUAGGCUGCCAUCGUAGUGACCUCCAACAUAACUGAUGGCCUUAGUUUUAUGAUGACUAAAAUUAGAAGACUUUUUUUAUUGUAAUUGAAGCGAUGAUAAAAAUGUAUUUGAUACAUUUAGUAAAGCGCAAACUUCUAGAAUAAUCGUUAAAUAACAUUCCAAUAUGUUUCCUAUUUGAAAAUGUCCAUUUUAAAUAUUGCGAUUCAAUAUAUACAAGAUGCAACUAUAUCUACAUACAACAUUCUUUCUCAUCUUAGCACUUUGUUCCCUAGUCUAUUUCAGUUGUAACUAUACGUAUAACUUGGCACUCCUAAUUCUUAUCUAAUGGUACUUGCAUACUUAUCUCGGUGUUGUGAUCCACCCGUAGGUUUAGUGUAGGUUAAGGACCACUUAAAGGUAUGAGAAAUGAACGGAAAUUUAUGUACGGAACAAAUCAAUAAUUCGUUAUAAAAUAUUGAAGACUUUGUAAAACUUUCCGUUAGUUUCAUUGGUGACAAUAAUAAUGUAGAAACUGCUAUUUGUAUUAAUAUUUGUGAAUCUAUCGGCGAAAUGUUGAUUUUCAUUCAUACCUUUAUUGGUCCUCGGGAAUGGCUUCCGAAUUCGUAACUUAUUACUUGAUCUCAAAGAAUCUAGUCAAAUAUUAUAGUCAGGGUAAAUUAUAUACUUAGAAAUAACAAUAAUUUUAUAUUACUAUGAUGGCGAUCAUGUCGAAAUGUAGCCGAACGAUGCUAAAUCGCUUAAAAGGGUAUAUCGCGUGCUAUAUGCAACUGUAGGAAAUUGUGUGGGGAACCGUUCAGAGCCAAGAUUUUAAGUGUACUGGGCAGCCUAUUAAUACAUAAUAACAGAGGUAUUUCAUAAUUUCAAUCUCCUAAGAAUAUAUAAUAGGUCGACACUACAGGCUGUUCAGUUGAACAGAGCUGAGACAAUCGACUUAAUAAUUAUACAAUCUUGAAUGUUAUCGUCUUUAUCAAACACUAGUUCCAUUCUCACGUUUCCCUAUAUGAAGUAAGUAUUACAACCGCCCCAAUGUAGUGUUAAUUCAUAUUAUAUCGUAGCACUUUAAUAAUAUUAUCGUACUAUGCAAUGGAUGGACGUAGAGGUCGUAGAGUAGCGAAUAGUGACACGUUGUCCGUAUUCGGAUAUUUUAUAGAUGAGUUGUUACUUUAUAUUGUGUGAAUUCAAGAGUGAGCUUACUGCUACUCAGUUAUGCCAACAUUACCAAGUCUUUACUCUUCACUGAUUCAAUUAUGUAAUACAUAAAUUAUUUGAUUAUAUCGAAUUUAUUUAAUGAGCUGAUAUUGUUGGUAUAAUUGGGUAUGGUUGUCGAUGGUUAAAAAGCUGAUCAUUUUGUCAUAACUGGUGCAUGUAAGAAAUGUUAGUAAAUAAUAGAUUUGUCUAUGCAACACCACUAUAAACAAAUGCUAUAAACUUGUUACAAUAGCAAUUCGAACGAGUAUUUACACAGUUUUACCUACGUGCGUAGAUAUGUGUAAAGUACCAAAGAAUCGUAACGACCGGCGUCACAGCGAUGAUUGCGAUACAGUAAAGUUGUCGUGAUUUUACUUACAUGCGCUCACGAUUGACGCGAUUCAGAACUAUUAAAUCGAGAUAUCGAUAGUGUGGUCUCGUUUACAUGUUACUUCAUGACGAUGGGGUGAUAAGCUGAUUCGUUACACGUUGCAUAAGUGCAAGCCUGACCCAAUGACGGAAGCAAUAGUGACGCACUUAACCGCACAUUUUUUCUAUAACUAUUCGAUAUUCACAACCAUGUGGAAUUGAGUAAUUAGAUAAUUAUUAUAGAGAUGCUUUUGUUAUUAUUAUUGAUAUCCCAUUUUUUUUACUCUGAAAGCUAUUUUCUGAAAGGUUUCUUUUUAAUUUAAUAUAGCAAAUUCGACCCUCGCCCUUCAGCAGAAGUGACAUGUAAACAAGACCUAUUUCUAACUUGUAGUUUCAGAAAGUUAAUCAGUUAUUCAAGUUAUUCAAACAUUGACGCAACAUUGAAUAAUAUAUCAAUGUUAACCAUGGGUUUGAAUGGUUUCUUUUUUAUAGUUACGUGCCUUUACGAAGUUGAAGCGUAUGUACCCUCUGUUAGUUGUUGAUAUUUGUUAGUGUACUCGUUAUUGUUUCAUGUUUAUUAUUCGUAAAGAAUUUCUCAAUCGUCGGUAGCGUAAAUCGACAACGUAUAUAUUAUAGCCUUAUAUUCUCAUUAAUCCUAUUUCAAUAUAAGUUGUAUGGUACUCAAGUAGUGUAUUCGUACUACCCCAUGACUAUCCCCUAGCGAAAUAUUUUUAUGUUGUAAACCGUCGACGUCGGUAUUAGUUCGUUGUCUUUAUGAUUGUGUGAAUGUAUUUCGUAUCGUCUUAGCUCAAUGUGUCUGUCGUGACUGAUGUUUUGUACCACGCUUAUGUACUGUAGAUACCUAUAUUAUUUUUGUAUCGUCUCCUUUAUUUUAGAUACUUGUAGUUCCGUGAUUUGUAUUCUAAUUACGUAAAUUGAAAUAAUUAAAAAAAUAUAUUAAAAUGAAAAAUUAAACAAAGUUUUAUAAUUCGAUUAUCUCAAAUGAUUAAUGAUGUUAAAGAUUUUGUACAUUGGUUAUUGUUUCUACAGUCUUUAUUGCUCGUUUUAAUUGUAAAAUUUUAAAGACUGAAUUAAAUGGAAGUUGACUAAAAUUCAAUUAUGCAGUCAUGGAUGUUAGUCUAGUCAUUAGUUUAUAGGUAUUACUGAAGAUAAUGUUUAAUUCGAUUCGUAGGGUCGUGUUUAUCGGUGUCUAGCGUUAGGAGGUACCUGAAUACUUGUAUUAGGAUUCACGUGGUUACGAGUAGUGCAACCUUGUAUGUGUCUUACAUUAACUGCGAGUAGUGAACACGAGAUAACACCUUGGCCCCUGUGAUUCAUUUUGUUAAAUAAAAGUAGACGUAAUUUGUUGGUCAUGAAAUAAAAUUUGUCAUAAAA